AUGACCAGUCCGGGAAAAUACGUGAGAGCGCCUCGCUACGUGGAUUCGGAUUCCGAAGAGAAUUUUGAGGAAAGCUUGAGUACAGGUGCAUUCGAAGACACCGAGUCCGAAAGCGAUGAAGUUGUUCAAAUACCUAAGCCGAUAACGAAGAGCCCGGAGAAAAGUGAAACUAUGAAGAGGAUGGACCAUUUUGCUUCUCUGCUACAAGCUCUUAUAGAAAAAGAUCGAAAAGAAACCGCAUCGGCCGAUGAGGAGAACGACCAGAAUUGGGGAUACGGACCAGACGAAUCUUACACACCAAUUGAAGAAAAUUCGAACUCACUCAUUCGAUGGGACAUGAUUCCAUCUUUCCCGAAGGAUGUUCCAUCCAAUAAGCUAUGGGAAUCUUGGCAAAACUUUCUUGAGAAUUUCGAGAUAUACGCCUCUCUUUCGAAAUCGAGUGAUCCGAUGCAACGAACUAAAUUACUUUACCUAGCUAUGGGAAGUAACCUACAAGGGAUCGUCAAAGCAGCUAAGCUCAAACCAUCUCUCAAAGACCCCCGUUGCUACUCAACGUUCGUGAAAAAUGUGGAUGCCCAUUUGAGAUCGAUGACCGAUACCGCUGCGGAGCAUGAGGCGUUUUCUCUCAUGCGGCAGGAACCAAACGAGUCAGCCGUUAUCUUUCAUUCAAGGCUGACCGCUAAAGUAAGGUUGUGCGGCUACAGUCGCAGGGACGAGGACCGUUUUAUUCGUGCACAACUAGUAAAAGGAAUGUUAAACCGCGACCUAGCAAAAGAAGCGCGAACACAUGACUAUAGUACAAAUCAAAUUGUACAGAUGGCCACAAAAAGCGAGGUUUAUGACGCCGAGAAUGCACGUGCAGCUCCAAGUGCAUUAGCAGUCGACAAGAAACCUUGGGAGCAUAGACAAUCAAACUAUCGCAGGGAAAAUCCACCACAGAAUGUGGUCAAACGCAAAUACCAUCAGGACCGUCGUCAGGGAAAUGACUCGGAUGACGAACUGAACCGUAAACAUCGUAAAGGGACCCCUCGCGAUUACCAGAAGGGCCGCAGGUCACGUUGCUGGCGAUGCGAUUACGUUCACCGGGGUAAAACAUGUCCAGCUAAACAUCGCCCAUGCAUUAGAUGCGGGAAAAGUGGACAUUUCAUUGCAACUUGUAAGGAAAACAAGGUUCACAGCAUCGACGAAGUGGAAAAAAAUACCAUCAUUGAAAAAACUGAAAAUGACCAGGACGCGUUAGUUAAUUGUCGUCUUGGCUCCUCAAGCCCAAUAAGUUUUCUUGUGGACUCGGGAUCGGACGUUAACAUUAUAGGCGGAAGGGACUGGAAGUGCCUCCAGGACGAACUCCGGUGUGGACUUGCAAAGGUGGAUAAAAUAGAUAACCUCCUCACUUCAGAGCUUCGAGCAUACGCAGCCCCGAGUCCCAUGAUAAUAGAAAGUGCAUUCAGAGCUUACGUCGAAGUCAUUGGGGCUGUCAAACCAAUAAUAGAAGCUGAAUUCCUAGUAGUCAAUCAGGGAAAAAGAUCAAUCAUUGGAAGGUCGACGGCAAGUGAGCUAAGACUACUGAAUGUAGGGCUUGGAGUAAACAGUUGCGACGCUACAAAUAAGAUUGACAUUUUUCCGAAAAUACCUGGUGUCAAGGUUCAUUUCAGCAUUGACAAGAGUAUCCCCCCAGUUAAAAAUGCCUACUUUAAUGUACCAGCGGCCUACAGAGACGCAGCGAAACAACGAUUACAGGAAAUGGAGGCAAGGGGAAUUAUAGAGAGAGUCCACGGCGCACCAGAGUGGAUAAGCGGAAUGUCGGCAGUUCCGAAAGGAAAAAACGACUUCCGCUUGGUGGUGAAUAUGCGAUCACCAAACAGGGCGAUAAAACGUGAGUAUUAUCGUUUACCCCUCAUUGACGAAAUAAGAAUAAAACUUCACGGCGCAAAGUAUUUCACCAAACUCGAUCUUACCAACGCGUUCUACCACCUGGAGUUGUCGAAGGAAUCGAGGGAUCUAACAACCUUCUUAUCAGAGAACGGCAUGUUCCGCUAUACCCGUUUAAUGUUCGGGAUCAAUGCGGCCCCCGAGAUUUUUCAACGGGAGAUGUGCCGUGUCUUGGAGGGAAUUGAAAACAUCAUCAUAUAUAUUGACGACAUUUUGGCCUACGCUGAUACCCUGGAAAAACUGAGAAAAAUCACAAGUUUAGUACUAAUAGCUUUGAGGAAGAACAAUCUUACGUUAAACAUGGAAAAAUGUCUAUUCGAUCAAACGCGUAUUAAAUUCCUCGGCCACGAGCUAGACUGCAACGGGUUUCAUGUUGAGGAAGCAAAAAUAAAAGCCAUCCGUCAGUUUCGACAGCCUUCAACAGUGUCUGAGCUUAAAAGCUUUCUAGGGCUGGCCUCUUACAUUAGCCCUUACAUUAAAAACUUCGCCAACAUAACCAACCCCCUUUGGUCAGCAACAGCCACUAAGAAUUGGAUGUGGGGCCCUGAACAACAAGUUGCAUUUGAAACCACCAUAAAAAACAUCACUGAUUGUGCAACCACCCUGGGAUACUUCUCAGAAGACGACAGAACUGUAUUAUACACGGACGCUUCCCCAAAUGCCCUAGGUGCAGUUCUUGUGCAAGAGAACCAAGAUCGCUCCCCCCGCAUUAUCAGUUUCGCAUCAAAAUCCCUGUCAGCCACGGAAAAAAACUACCCCCAGAAUCAAAGAGAAGCCUUGGGCACUGUGUGGGCGGUAGAACACUUUUCGUUUUUCUUACUUGGUCGUCAUUUCACCUUGCGAACAGAUGCCCAAGGCUUGUCAUUUAUAUUAAAUCGAAAUCGCGAAAACACCAAGCGUGCCCUUACGAGAGCAGAUGGCUGGGCCCUUCGUCUAAGCCCGUACAGCUACGACGUAGAGUACGUACGCGGUAGCAACAAUAUCGCGGAUCCUUCCUCACGCUUAUACGUUGGUACUGAUGAGCCUUUCGAUGAUCAACAUAGCCCUUGGGAGAUUGCAGCACUCGAGAUCAACACUGCUGGUUUUCUAACCGAAUCCGAAAUUCGAUUAGAGUCUUCCAAAGAUACUAUCAUCCAAAAAGUGAUGGACGCUUUAGAAACCAGGAACUGGACGAAAGACUUGGCAAAAUUCCAGUGUGUAGCUGACCAUCUCUCGAAUGAAAAUGGAAUCCUCGUAAAAAGUGGUUGCGUAGUAGUCCCAGAUAAACUACGUCAAAAAACGCUUGAGGUUGCUCAUGAAGGGCACCCCAUGACAGCCAAGAUGAAAUCCAUCGUACGAGAACGCGUCUGGUGGCCCGGGAUUUCCAAAGAUGUAGCAGAAUGGGUUGAUUCUUGUCAAGCUUGCGCACUUAAUGGCAGACCGGAAAAACCGACCCCAAUGCAGCGCAUUAUCGCUCCACAAGGCGUGUGGGAUACGAUUGCCCUAGAUUUUAAUGGUCCAUAUGCCCGAAUUGGCGGCAUUUCCAUCCUAGUGAUUGUAGAGUAUCGAUCCAGAUACUUGAUCGCACGCCCGGCAGCAAUUAAUGCUCACAACGCUGCCACUCACUCGGUCACUGGAUUCCCGCCAGAAGAAGUGAUGUUAGGGCGGAAAGUGCAUCGAAACCUUCCACUCUUGAAUUUCGAACGGGUCAACUGCGACGAUAAUCUUCUUAAUGAUAAUGACUUACUUGCAAAAAUGAAAGGUAAGCACCGAGAAGACGCCAGACGUGGAGCACGGAAGUGUCGAAUUAAUCCAGGCGACAUGGUCAUCAUCGAGCGCCAAACUCGCAGUAAGGGAGACACACGGUUCGGUUCUCAGCGGUUCACGGUGAUAAAAGAAGAUAACGGAAGCCUUACCCUCCAUAACAGCCUUGGUCAAUCUCUCAAACGACACAUCACUCAAGUGAAAAAGAUCGGCGAAUGGCGAGCAGAUAACACACGAUCCAACACAGAAAACUCCAGAGAAUCUCAUGUUCCGGAUGAGAUUCACCAAAGACCGAAAAGAUCGAGAAAUCCGCCGAGCUUCCUCGAUGAUUAUGUCCAGACAGUAGAACGCGAACAAUUCGACCCGUAA